AUGAAUACAAAAAAUGACGAGAAUGGAAAUAUAAUAUUGAACUGUAAAAAUUUAAAAAGAAAUAUAAAAAGAAAAAUUGAAAACUUUUAUGAUCCCAAUUAUCUAGAUACUUUACACUAUUUAAAUAAAAGAAAAAAUAAUGGAAAAGGAUUAAAAAAGUAUAUAUUUGAAAAAAGUAAAAAUGAAAGUAUUAAAAUUGAUACAUCACCAUUAUAUAAUAAUAACAAAAGAAAAUUACAAUUAGAUAUUCCUGAUGUGAAGAAACAAAAAAUAAAUAACCAUAUUACAUCUAAUAUAUAUCAAAACCAUAAUGUUAUAAUAAAUAAUUUGUCAAAUGAAAAUUUAAAUAAUAUUUCUAAUCAUUCAGAAGUAAAAGAUUCACAUGAAUUAUUAAAUCCUUUAUCAUCUGAAAUAAUAAAAAGUGAAGAAAAUAAUAAUAUUAUUUAUAAUGAUAAUAAAAAAGAAAAUAUAAAACAGUUUUCCAUAGUACCAUUUGAAGAACAAAGUAAUACAAACAAUAUAUUAGUUAGUUUGGAUGAUAAUAAUAAUGAGAAUUAUAAUUUGAAAAAUGUUUUAAAUAUCUUAUAUAAAAAAGAUAUAUUUUAUAAUAAAUUAAAAAGUCAAAUACAAAAAAACAAACCACUCGAGAUUAAAUGUAUGGAUCUAAAUUUAUUAUUAAAUAAAUAUAAAAAUCAAAAUAAUAAUAACUCCUUUAAUUACAAUACAGAAGAUGAUAUUAUAAAUACAGAAGAUGAUAUUAUAAAUACAGAAGAUGAUAUUAUAAAUACACAUGGUGAUAUUAUAAAUACACAAGAUAAUAUUAUAAAUACACAAAAUCAUAGUGAUAUCAAUAAUGUUAAUUCUAAUGAGAAUAUAAUAUCAUCCUUACAUAGUAUUCAACAAGAACCUAUAUAUCUAUAUAAUAAGAAUGAAAUAAACAUGGACAGCUCUAACGUGAAUAAUUCCACAUCAUAUAAUAAUAAUUCAAAUACUACAAAUUAUGGAAAAAAAUUUAUUAAUGAUUACCAAAUAAAUAAUUAUGAUAAUAAUAUUUUUCUCAACAAGGAUAAUAAUUAUAUGAAUAAAAGUUCUCAAAAUAUAAAACAUUGUAAUUAUACGAUUGAUAAUACAAAUAUAAAUCAUUAUAAAUAUUUUCCAAGCACAAAAAAUAUAAAUUAUUUAAAUGAUAAUAUGGAUCAUUAUAUUUAUGAAAAUAUUAUCAAUAUUAAUAAUUUCAAUAAUAAAAACCAAAUUCAUAACAAUGUAUAUAUUUCCAAUUUUAAUAUUAAUAACAAUAAUGAUAAUAUCACAUAUACUAACAACAUACCAUGA